AUGAUACAUCAGAACCGGAGCAUUUUUCACCCAGCCACAUUCUUCCUGAUUGGCAUCCCCGGACUGGAAGAGGUGCAUGUCUGGAUCUCCCUGCCUUUCUGCUCUAUUUACCUGGUGGCCUUAGUGGGCAAUGCCACCACUCUUCUGGUCAUCAAGGCAGAGCAGUCCCUCCGGGAGCCCAUGUUCUACUUUUUGGCCAUCCUUUCCUCCAUUGAUUUGGCCCUUUCUACCACCUCUGUGCCCCGCAUGCUGGGCAUCUUGUGGUUUGAUGCUCACGAGAUCAAUUUUGGCACGUGUGUGCUGCAGAUGUUCUUGAUCCAUGCGUUGACGGGCAUGGAAGCAGAGGUCCUGCUGGCCAUGGCUUUUGACCGUUAUGUGGCCAUUUGUGCUCCCCUCCGUUAUACAAGCAUCUUGACCUCCAGUGUGCUGAUGGGCAUCAGUUUGUGCAUCGUCAUUCGCCCAGCCAUGUUUAUACUUCCCAUGGUCUAUCUAAUCUACCGCCUGCCCUUCUGUCAGGCCCACAUAAUAGCCCAUUCCUACUGUGAGCACAUGGGCAUUGCAAAAUUGUCCUGUGGAAACAUCCGAAUUAAUGCUAUCUAUGGGCUGUUUGUGGUUGCCCUCUUUCUUCUGAACCUCGUCCUUAUUGGCAUCUCAUAUGUUUACAUUCUCCGCGCUGUGUUCCACCUCCCAUCACAGGAUGCGCGAGUUAAAGCCCUGAGCACUUGUGGGUCUCAUGUAGCAGUACUCUGUGUUUUUUAUAUCCCCUCGCUCUUUUCUUUCCUCACUCAUAGAUUUGGGCACAACAUACCACACUACCUUCACAUUCUCAUUGCCAAUCUCUAUGUAGUUCUCCCACCUUCACUCAAUCCUAUCAUUUAUGGUGUGAGGACCAAACAGAUACGAGAACGAGUUCUCUCUCUGUUUUCUAAAGUGUAA